AUGGCUGGUAUUGUUGAAGAGUUUGAUAUUCAUUAUGUCACACAGAAGUCAGUAAAAGGAAGCAUUGUUGCAGAUCAUCUAGCUUCUUUGCCAAUAUCCGAUGACAGAUCGGUUGAUGAUGAUUUCCCUGAUGAGCAGAUCGUUUCGAUGACUAGUAUUACGGGAUGGCGGUUGUACUUUGAUGGUUUGGAGACUGCACUUGAUCUUGGCAUUAGACAGUUGGAGAUCCACGGGGAUUCCAACUUGGUUAUAAAGCAGACUCAGGGUAUCUGGAGGACACGGGAUGAGAAGCUGAAACCCUACCAUGCUUACUUGGACCUAUUAAUUGAUAGAUUCGAUGUGUUAAGGCCAUUGCUGAUUGAGACUAGGUCUGCACCAACUUACUAUUGUCUGAUUGGAGAGAUAGAGGAUCAGAUUGAGCUGCCAUGGUAUCACGAUAUUUAUCAGUUUCUGUCAUGCGGCGCUUACCCAGAGUCAGCCUCGGCCAAGGAUAGGAGAGCAUUGAGACAGUUGGCCACCAGAUUUGUUGUUUGCGGGGAUGCGCUGUAUAGGAGAUCACCUGAUGGCUUGUUAUUAUUAUGUCUAGACCGUGCAUCUGCAGAUCGAGUGAUGAGAGAGGUUCAUGCAGGGGUCUGUGGCCCACACAUGGGAGAUUGUUGCCAGUUUGUACAGAGAUGUCAGGAGUGUCAGAUGCAUGGAGACUUGAUACACGUGCCACCUUCUGAGUUGCAUGCACUUGCAUCCCCUUGGCCGUUUUCAGUAUGGGGUAUUGAUAUUAUUGGGAAGAUCUCGCCCAAGUCUUCUAGCGGGCAUGAGUACAUUUUGGUUGCCAUUGACUAUUUCACCAAGUGGGUGGAAGCUGCUUCUUAUGCUAGGUUGACAACGGCCAGAGUGGCCAAGUUCAUCAGAUCGCAUAUUAUCUGCCGAUACGGGGUCCCUCAUGAGCUGAUCUCAGACAGAGGGGUGCAUUUUAAGGGCGAGGUGGACACGUUGAUUCAAGAGUAUGGCAUUCAGCAUCACAGAUCGUCUGCGUACAGGCCGCAGACUAACGGGGCAGUUGAGGCCGCAGUGUUACCUGUUGAGAUUGAGAUGGGAUCUUUGAGAGUAGCACUAGAGCAGCAUAUAUCCGAGGCCGAGUGGGCCCAGUCUCGUUAUGAUCAGCUUAGCCUGUUGGAUGAGAAGAGAUUGACGGCGGCAGAUCAUGUUCAGGCCUAUCAGAGGAAGAUGACCCGUGCAUUCAGAAAGAGGGUCAGGCCUAGGAAAUUCCAGAGAGGUGACCUAGUCUUGAAAGUCCUUAGGGGAUUGAUCAGUGACCCUAGAGGCAAGUUUAGACCGAGUUGGAGCGGGCCUUAUGUCAUCCGAGAUCUGACUCGAGAGGGAGCUGCCUGGUUGACAGACCUAGACGGAAAUCAGUUCACAGAGCCAGUUAAUGUGGAUCAGCUGAAGAAGUUUUAUGCGUGA